AUGUAGAGGCAGGUCUCAGAGAGAUCCACCCAGGUUUUGCAAAAAAAGACACCUCCUUCACCACAAGUUCUAAGACCUUCCAAGUUCAGGAAGAAAGUAUCAGCUUCCCCAUUGAUAACCAGGUGCAAUGUACCCAGCAGGACCAGUGUGAAUGAACUGGAGGCUUCUCUACAACAUGACCCAUAGGGACAAUGUGGAUCCCGUUGGCAGCCUGAAGUUUGUGACUCUCUUGGUGGCCCUAAUUCCAGAACUCUUAUUCCUGGGAGCUGGAGUGAAGCUUCAGGACAAUGGGUAUGAUGGAUUACUCAUUGCAAUCAAUCCUCAGGUAUCUGAAGAUCAGAACCUCAUCCCAAACAUUAAGGAAAUGAUAACCGAAGCUUCUUUUUACCUAUUCAAUGCUACCAAGAGAAGAGUGUUUUUCAGAAAUAUAAAGAUUUUAAUACCUGCUACAUGGAAAGCUAAUAAUUACAGCAAAGUAAAACAAGAAUUAUAUGAAAAGGCAAAUGUCAUAGUGACUGACUGGUAUGGGGCACAUGGAGAUGACCCAUACACACUACAAUACAGAGGGUGUGGAAAAGAGGGAAAAUACAUUCAUUUCACAUCUAACUUUCUACUAAACGAUGACUUAACAGCUGGCUAUGGACCACGAGGUAGAGUAUUUGUCCAUGAAUGGGCCCAUCUCCGUUGGGGUUUGUUUGAUGAAUAUAACGAUGAGAAACCUUUCUAUAUAAAUGGGCAAAAUCAAGUUAAAGUAACAAGGUGUUCAUCUGAUAUCGCAGGCAUUUUUGUAUGUGAAAAAGGUCCUUGCCCCCAAGAAAACUGUAUUAUUAGUAAACUUUUCAAAGAAGGAUGUAUGUUUAUAUAUAAUAGCACCCAAAAUGCAACAGCAUCGAUAAUGUUCAUGCAAAGUUUAUCUUCUGUGGUUGAAUUCUGUAAUGCACGUACACACAACCAAGAAGCUCCAAACCUACAGAACCAAAUGUGCAGCCUCAGAAGUGCAUGGGAUGUAAUCACAGACUCUGCUGACUUUAAUCAUAGCUUUCCCAUGAAUGGGACUCAACUUCCACCGCCUCCCGUGUUCUCUCUUAUUCAGCCUGGUGACAAAGUGGUCUGUUUAGUCCUGGAUGUGUCCAGUAAGAUGGCAGAGGCUAACAGACUCCUUCGACUGCAACAAGCAGUAGAAUUUUACUUGAUGCAAAUUGUUGAAAUUCAUACCUUUGUGGGCAUCGUCAGUUUCAACAGCAAAGGGGAGAUCAGAGCCCAACUACACCAAAUUAACAGUGAUGAUGAUCGAAAGCUAUUGGUUUCACACCUGCCUAUGACUGUGUCAGCAGAAGCAGAAACCAGCGUUUGCUCAGGGCUUAAGAAGGGAUUUGAGGUGGUUGAAAAGCUGAAUGGAAAAGCCUAUGGCUCUGUGAUGAUAUUAGUGACCAGUGGAGAUGAUGAGCAUAUUGACAAUUGCUUACUCACCGCACUCAGCAGUGGUUCAACCAUUCAUUCCAUUGCCAUGGGCUCAUCUGUGGUUGAAAAUCUGGAGGAAUUAUCACGUCGUACAGGAGGUUUAAAGUUCUUUGUUCCAGAUGAAUCAAACUCCAACAGCAUGAUUGAUGCUUUCAGUAGAAUUUCCUCUGGAACUGGAGACAUUUUUCAACAAUGUAUUCAGCUUGAAAGUACAGGUGAAAAUGUUAAACCUCACCAUCAAUUGAAAAACACGGUGACCAUGGAUGACAGUGUGGGCAAUGACACAACCUUUCUAGUCACAUGGCAGAUCAGUGGUCCCCCUGAGAUUCUGUUAUUUGAUCCUAAUGGAAGAAAAUACUACACAAAUAAUUUUAUCACCAAUCCAGCUUUGCAGACUGCUCGCCUCUACAUUCCAGGAACUGCUGAGCCUGGGCUCUGGACCUACACACUGAACAAUACCCAUCAUUCUCUUCAAGCCUUGAAAAUGACAGUGACCUCUCGCGCCUCCAGCUCAGCCAUGCUCCCUGCUACUGUAGAAGCCUUUGUGGAAAGAGACAGCACCCGUUUUCCCCAUCCUGUGAUGAUUUAUGCAAAUGUGAGAAAGGGGAUUUAUCCCAUUCUGAAUGCCACUGUUACUGCUACAAUUGAGCCAGAGGCUGCAGAUCCCAUUGUGCUGAAACUUUUUGACAAUGGAGCAGGUGCUGAUAUUAUAAAAAAUGAUGGAAUUUACUCGAGGUAUUUUUUCUCCCUUGCUGUAAAUGGUAGAUAUAGCUUUAAAGUGCAUGUCAGUCACUCUCCCAGCAUAAGCAGCCUAGCCUACUCUAUUCCAGGGAGUCGUGCUAUGUACAUACCAGGUUACAUAGCAAACGGCAACAUUCAAAUGAAUGCUCCAAGAAAAUCAGCGGGCAGGAGUGAGGAGGAGCAAAAGUGGGGCAUUAGCCGAGUCAGUUCAGGAGGCUCCUUUUCAGUGCUAGGAGUUCCAGCUGGCCCCCAUCCUGAUGUGUUCCCACCAUGCAAAAUUACUGACCUACAAGCCAUCAAAGUAGAAGAUGAGGUGACUUUAUCUUGGACAGCACCUGGAGAAGACUAUGAUCAGGGCGAGGAAUAAGGAGCCAUUAUCGUUCCCAUCUUUAUUUAAAGGUAAGAGUGGUGCCACCUAGUGGUACCUAGUGAGAACCUAGUGUUCUCACCUCACUGCCUCAGAAACACCUAGUAUUCUGAAAGAGACUAGUAAAUGCAAGCUCUGGCUCCCAUUACUACUAGAAAUUGUUCCUUUCAAGAGCCAUAAGAUUUCAAGCACACUGCUGAAUUAAAAGAGUAAAAAGAAAGUGUGCAGUGUUAAUGGUUAUUAAUGGUUUGAGAAGAAGAAAUACAACCAUAUGGGACUUUAGAAUUGGUAUCACAAAGGGCAUUAAUCAAGAGAAUAAAAAGAUCUUCAUGCAACUUCACUGAAGAGUGGUAUGAUUGAAGUGGAUCUGAUUUGUUAUAAUGUCAAAACCAUAAACCACAAAAGAUAUGUAGGGGGAAUGCCUGUAUGUCUAUUAAGUUGUUGAAAUCACUGUCAUAACUGAUUUGAUGACUCAACAAUGGCAAGAUUGACCAAUUAGUCAUGAACAGACCAACUAGCAAAUAGGUACCUAUUUAAUCCAGAAACCUGCUUUCAUUGCCUAUUUUUCCCACACAAAUUAUUGUCUAGAAAGGCAUCCUCACCUCUAUGAUCAGAGUUAAAAAUAAUGGGAAAACAUCUCUGGCUAUAUAAUUAUAAAAUGUCUCUGUGACUAUUCUUAAAAACUUUGUUAGCAAUAAAUGGAUAUCUCAUAUAUGCCCAAGCAUAUCAGUAUUUAUCCAGGGGGCAGCUCUUUACUAUACACAAUAUCCUAGAAAAGAUGGCCAAUUAGGUGGAAUAAGCAAAACAUUAUCAGAUCAUUAUUAUGUUUGGGAAUAUUAUGGAAUUAUGGAAAUGGGUUACCUCCUUGGGUUUUCCUUAGAAGUCUAGGGUAAUAUAAUUUCUAAAACUGAGAACCAAGCAUGUUCUGCAUCUCCUUUGCAUUUAUUUUUAGAAAUUAGAGUGAAAAUAUAUUUACUAAGCAAGUAUUAAUGCCCAGCACAGCGCUAAACAUUUUAUAAACAUAAUUUAAGACAGUCAUUGCACUCCAAGAAUUUAUAAUGGUAUACUGAGGGGAAAAAAAGGCAUAACAUGGUAAAAAAUCACAAUUUAACACAGUGCCAUUUAUAUGGUUUGGAAGCCACAGAAAUGAAAAGACUGUAGAGAUCAGUGUGGGUGAGAGCAGAGGAGAGGCCAGGUUCUUACACCAGGGAACCGGGCAGAGCCUUUGGAGUGGAGCCAGGUUACAAAAAGCACCAAUCUUGUAACUCCUUCUCUACAGUGACUACCUUCCCUUCAUGCCUAACAACCUUUCACUCUGAAGAGUUUUCAUCAUGUUCAUAUAUAAUCGUUGUUAGAAUUUGUUAUCCUUAAAAAUUAUUGAAAAUGUUCUGCUUCUGAAAAAAGCCAUUCGGUGACAGCAGUUGCUCUUCCCACUACCCCUUCCUCUAACCCUCAGUUAUACUUCAACCCUGUAAGAAUACUUAAUGUAGGAGAGAACUAAAUUAAUCCUUAGGGGAUGAACUGGAUUUCCAAAUGAAGAGAGGAGGUAGCACUGUUGUUGCCACCAGUGAAAACAGAGCUCCCUGAAAAUGGGACCAAGUCUUCAAUUUCCUGUCUCCAUCCUCAAUAGAAACCCAGAGCUUUCCAUACUAUGAAUUUAUUGGUAAAGAUGCUAAUGAAGAUGUAAGCUUCAGUAACUGGAAAAGUAGCAGUUAUUGGGAAAUAAGAAAUAAGAGGGAGUAUAGCCUACUGGGAGGCUGCAUGGCAUAGUGUUAAGGUAUUGGGCUCUGGAAUCAGACACAUCACCUUUUACCUGUGUAACCUGAGGAAAGUUCAUUUCUUUCAAUUUCUGAUUAUUAAUUUACAGAAGCAGAUAGUAAGAGUAGCUAUCUCAGAGCAUUGCUAAGAGAAUUGAAUGAGGUAAGGUGCAGAGAGGGAUUAAAACAGUGUCUGGCCCAUAUUAAGUGUUCAGUAAAUAUCAGCAUUUGUAACAUUUUGGAGACAGAUGGGGUUUUAGAGAUGUGCUAGUCUGACCCCUUUGUUUCAAAUGUAAGGGAAUGACCCUGAGAGUUUAAGUGUCUUGCCCAAGGCCACAGAGCUAAUUUCAUUGGUUAAAAUAUACUGUGAAAAAAGAGCUAGAGACCAAACCCAGAGCCUUACACCUAAGAGGUCAAAGACGCAGAAGCAGCCUGAUUUCUCUUUCUCACAGGGAGAGGGGGGCCAUAACAAGUACUGUAAAUGGAAGGAGCCUCUCCAUGAACGCAUGAGUUGAGUUUGUUUUGAGUCUUUGAAGUUACAUAGCUGUCCUGCACAAAGUUUAACAGAUGCUAAUAGUAGAAUGUAAUGGGAUUUGGAAUUAGAAGAAAUGAGUUCAUUUCCAGCACUACGACUUUUUUUUUUUUAAUUUUUAUUUAUUUAUGAUAGUCACACAGAGAGAGAGAGAGAGAGAGAGAGAG